UUGAAAUUUCAUUUUGUGCUCCCCAACAAGUAAUUGUUUUCGAAUUACGAUGUCCAUCUCUCCCUGAGCGCCUGGAUGACAAGCGAGAGCUUCUCGACUGGCAGCUAAUUCAUAUCUGGUGUCUCCUCGAUAUGAUUGUAUAGUUAGGUAUGGCUGUUCAUGAUUGCCAAGAACACCACCGCAGCCUGAGGAUUUCCUGAAUACUUUGAACUCAUUUGUGGACGCAGAAGAUGGAGUUUUUGUCAGGGAUCAAGAAAGCUUACGAGAGCAUUGAGAGUGACAUUAAUGCCUCAGUUCGCCAGCCUGACACUUCUACGAAAGAAGAUAAGGAUGCGGCGGUCGCGCCUGAUGGCGCAGAGAAGGCACCCUCGAAAAAACAAGCUGUAGCCCAGUCGGCAGAUGGCUGGGAUACGUCUUGGGGAGAUGAGGGCUUGGCAUCUCCUGCCACGCCAUCUCGAGCACAGGCGGACGCGACGGCCUCGGCGUCUUCCACUGCUACGCAAAGCCCCAGAACACCGCAGCAGUCUCCAUCCAAAGCUAGUGCUACGAAGCUGUCCGGCAAGCGGGCCGGUGCAAGCACCCGUACUCCUAAAACCUCCGGUACGGCCACGCCGGCUGCUGCUACACCCAAGCCCAGCAGUACGGAUGUGACAGAUGGCUCGAAAGCUACUGCUGAAGUAGAUGCUUCGACUUUGAAGUCUCAAGCUUCAUCAAGUCCUGCAGCCAAGGGCAGUAAUGCAGCAACACCUGGAAAAACGGGUGGACUUGAUGCUAUGACCCGUGAUGACCUCAUCAAGCAUUUACGCAAGCAGAUGGCCCUGCUGAAGGCCAGCAAAGCUAGCUGUGAAGAGAUGACGAGGAAAUGCACUCAUCUUGAGCAGCAGAACACGGAGCUCAAGUCGGCAACUGAAGUGCCGCAGAAAAAGAACGCGGAUGCCGAGGACAUUCAAGCGCAGCUGAGCACGGUGUCCAGUGUCCGCGACAAUUUAGCCGAGCAGCUGACCACCAGCAUGGCCCAGCAGGAUGCUCUCCGACAGGACCUUAAGAUCAAGGCGCAAGAAAUUGAAGGCCUCGCUGCGUCCAAGGCUGAAGCACAAAGCCAGCUCUCAUCAACAGAAACUGAGCGAGAUAAGCUCAAGCAUGCCGUUCAGCAGCUCAAGAAGAAGCUUUCUGCUGUUUCAGUAGCCAAGAAUGCUGCACCGGACAAGGACCUGGAAGCCCACACAGCUGAGCUCGAACGCAUCCGUGCAGAGAAUGCCGUAGCAAAGCAGGAGCUUGCUAAUGUUCAGACGGAGCUGGCAGAGCUGCGCGACGGCAUGCAAUCCAAGUUGGCCGAGUGUCAGCAACUGUCAGAGAAGCUGAGCUCCGCUGAGCAGCAGUCCGCCGAGUCGGAGCGCUCCUGGCAAAGUCGUUUGGAUGCUGUCCAUGCCGAGCAUCAAGCCGCGCUCCAGACGGCAGAGGCACAACUGACCUCGGAUGCUGAGCAUCGCAUUAUUGCAGUAGUGCAAGAAACAGAGCAGCUGAAGGCAACACAUGCCCAGCAGAUGAGCCAGGCUGAAGCAGAGCAGGGCGUUGCAUUGCAAUCACUGGCGGAGAAACAUUCUGAAGAGUUGCGAGCCAAGGAGGACUUACAUGCCAGCCAACUGCAAGAACAAGCAUCUCAGCUGCAGGGAGCAGCCGGACAAGACCUGGAGCAGCUGAGAGAAGAACUCGCCUCUGCUAGCUCUCAUGCAAAGCAGCUGGAAGCUGAAAAAGUCCAACUUCAAUCGACAAAGGAAGACCUAGAAGUGGAGGCGAUACGUGCACGGGAAGAAGUAGAGCGGCUGCAGGCGGAACAUGCUGUCUCGCUGAAGGAAAGUAUGUCGUGCGCCCAGUCUUCUCAGUCUGAUGCAUUGGAAAACCUCCGAGAUCAGUUGACCAAUCAAAUCUCAGCACUAACCUCUGAGAAUGAAGUUCUGAAGGCAAGUAUGGAGCUGCAGCGGACGGAUUUGUCGUCCCUGUAUGUGCAAAGUAAAUCUGAUCUCGAGCAGCUGCAAGAGGAGAGAGAUGCACUGAAGACUGAGCUGACGGAGACCACAGCUCGCCUACAGGCGGUGGGAGAGGCCGGGGCACAGGGCGACUGCGACGCAGCCGAGAAGGAGCUCACCGACCUCACCAUGGAGAACGCCACGCUGGGCGCGGACCUGGAAGACGCACUGCAGCGCAACUCGGAACUCCAAGAGCAGCUGGAUGAAGCUAACGACAAACUAUCAUCACAAGCACAGCGGUCACCAAUGUCUCGCUCACCCGCAUUGGUCGACUUGAGCUUGACAGUUGCCGACAGUGGCGAAGGUCAACAGACGGAUGGCUCAUCUAGCAGCACAGACCAGCUGGUUCGCAUCGAGUCUCUUCAGGAAGAAGUGAGCCGCCUUGAAGCUCAAUUAGACGAGGCGCAAGCCGCAUUGACUGGUGAGCGAUCACAGCACACUGUUGACUUGGGCAAGGUAUCUGCCAGCCGUGACGAACUUCUCACAGCACUUCAGGAUAGGGAGACGGCUGCGGAAAGUGCAACGCAGCAGUUGUCAUCUCUUGAACAACAGUUAGCUGAGGAAACCAGUAAGGCGAUGACUCUGCAGGACGAAUGUCAACUGCUGCAGGAACAGCUCACAGAAGCACAUCAACGUCCACCUGUUGUCAUCGAAGACAGUCCUGAAUACCGAGAGCUGGCUCAGCAGCUCAGCGAGACUACUGAAUCAUUAGCGACCUUACAAUCCCAAGUAUCAUCUCUCUCCUCCGAAGCUGCUCAGCGCAACGACGAGAUUCUCCGAUUACAAGCCGAUCUGGAAAUUGCCAAUCAAGCAACAGCAAAGGCGAGUCAGGAAAUGGAGAAGGUCCAACACGAGGUGGCCUUGAAAGCUGCAGAUAGUGAUGCUGCCGAAUCUGCUCAGGCAGCAGCACUUCAAUCACAACUCAGUGAGAAGCAGGCAGAGCUGACGAAGCUUCAGGAGCGCUUCUCCAAGCUGAAGGGGGCGCUGGUGAAAAUGAAGGAUGAAGUGGCUGAACUGAAGGAAACAAACGUGGCGCUAGAAGCCAGAGCAUCUUCGGUGGACGAGUCCGUAGCCCACCGGCACGAUGAAGAGGUUCGCAGACUGCAAGCCGAGAUCUCAGCUGCUAAUGAGGAAUCAGCCAAGCUGCAACAACAGCUGGACAGUACACAGCAACAGCUGGACAGUACACAGCAACAGCUGGACAGUACACAGCAGCUAGCUGCGGAGGCGGCAUUGAAAUCUGAAGACGCGCAAGUUGCCGAGUCGGCAAAGGUGGAAGAACUUGAGUCACAGCUUGGUGACAAGCAAGCAGAGUUGACCAAGCUUCAAGAACGCUUUGCAAAGCUGAAGGGCGGUCUGGUCAAGAUGAAGGCGGAAGUGGCCGAGCUGAAGGAGACGAAUGCGGAGCUGAAGACAAAGGUAUCGACAGUGGACGAUUCCGCCGCUGACCAGCUCAAGAAAUCACAGCAAGAUCUGUUGGAAACCCAGUCGUCUCGAACUAAUCUUCUUUUGCAGCUGGAGGACUCUGAAAAGAGGCAAGGCCAGAGCGAGGAGAAACUUCGCUUGACUGUUCUAGAGCUUGACAGUAUUCGGGAGCAGCUCAAGACUGCUGAGCAGGCAUCCCACCAGCGAGAUGCUGAGCUGCAGGAAGUACAGCAGCAGUGUGAUGGCAUGCAGAAGGAGAGAGGUCAACUAAAGGAGCACAUUGUCCAGCUGCAGAGCAGCAUGACGUCCCUGGAGUCGAUGCUGGCAACUGAACGGAAACGCGUUGCGGAUGAGCGUGCCCUGGUGACAGGGCUACGCCAAGAAGCGGAUUCUGUUCGCAGCAAGUACGAAGACCAGUCACAGAAGCGCGAGAGCCUUGCAAAGGAACUAGAGCAAGUGCGGAAAGAAGCGAGCAAGUCGAACCUUAUGAAUCUGGAGCUGGAUGACUAUGAGCGCACCAUCACAUCUCUGGAGAGCCGCAUCAAGGAGCUAGAAGGCAAAGUAGCCGAGGCCGAUACACUGUAUGAAAAGCAAGUCACUAUAUCUGAAAGCUUCAAGAAGGAUGUUGCUGCUGUCGAAGGACAGAAGGUGCAAGCUGAAAAGGACAAAAGCAAAAUCAAGCAGCUUGCUUUGAAGACAAAGAAGGAACUAGCUGAUGCGCAGCAGCAGAUCUCAACGCUGGAAGAAGAGCACAGAGCACUGCGUGAUCAGCUAGAGAAUGCAUCACAGUCGACUGAGUCUGGAAAGGUGGAGGUAUCGCAGAUGGCGACAGAGCUCGUCACUCUUCGUGAACAGCUGCAGGUCCAACUGGAGGCGCACCGUCGAACGGAGCAGUUGCUGCAACAGCGGCUCUCUUCAGCGCAAGCUGAGCUGUCCUCUUCCAAGAACCAGCUGGCAACCGUGCAAGCGGACUACGAAACGUACAAGGUGCGAGUGCAUAGUGUGCUCAAGCAGCAGAAACAGAAGCCACAAGCCCCAGAGGAUUCAUCGCUGAAGGAGCUCUGUGAUCAGCGUGCGGACUCUGUGCAGCAGCUGAACCGCCAGCUAGCCGACAUGACUGAAGCAUUAUCAACAAGUUCCAAGGAGCGAGAGGAGGUGGAAGAUGAGCUUCAGCAGCUGAAUGACCGGUACUCCAUGCUCCGUGCAGAAGCUCAGCAACAGGAGCGGGACUUCCGUGACAGAUUGGAGAAGUUGCAGACGCAACAUGCCUCCUCGGAGCUAGAGCGUGUGGAAACGAUGCGACAGCUCAACUCGCAGAGUGAAGCGUUGACUGCUGCUUUCAAGGAGGAGACGGCACGACUGCGUGACCAGCAUGCUUCUGAAGCAAAGUUCAUGUCGGAAAGGAAUCAGUCUCUUCAAGACCAGCUUGCCUCUGUUAUUGGCCAGCUAGGCAGUGCUGAAGAGACUGUCGCUCAGCUGCGCUCUAAGAUCGCAUCCGAGCAGGCUCAGGCGACGAUUGGUGCUGCCAGUGGCAAGUCUCAACAGCACCGCGCGGUUGUGAAGCCCCUGUCUUUACAGCUGUCGGGCAGUGCAGCUAGCGAGGAGGUCGCCAGCGCCAGCUCACCCCCAGCGGCGACGGUGGCCAGUCCGGUAGUCGCACCCUCCGUUGCAGCGUCCUUCGAGAAGCUGCUCAACUCACCGCUGGCUCUUGCCGACGACCAGGUGUCCACUGCGGGCAGUGAUGCAUCGAGUCGUGGGGCUGCCAGUCUCAAGCAUCAAGUUCAGCACGUCACUGAUCUGCUGAAUGAGAGCGAAGCCAAUUCCCAGCUCCUCACACAACAGGUUGCAAUCCUGAAGGAAGAAAUUAGACGGUUGGAAAGAAACGAAGCAAGGCGUGAGGAAGUUGCCAACUUUGAAUACCUGAAGAAUGUGGUCAUCAAGUUCUUGAGCUCGGAUGGCAAGGGACAGAAGGACCUGAUACCUGUGCUGGACACGCUGCUAAAGCUCAGUCCACAGGAGAAACUGUUCAUUGAGAAGGCAUCAUCAGGUCGUGCUGUUGCUCAGCCCAACCUCAUCCCGGACACGGACGGAGCUCGCCGCGCCGCCAGUGCGGCAUACUCUAAUGUAUCCAGCUACAUGCGCAGCUGGACAGGGUACUAGCCGUGAUCGGGUGAUGUCCACACUGCAGUACGGCGUCAUCUGGGUAUACCUACUGCGUCACCAUGGCAUGGUUCUGAUCUUUGGCAAGUCAGUGUGUGUGUGUGUGUGUGUGUGUGUGUGUGUGUGUGUGUGUGUGUGUGUGUGUGUGUGCGCGCGUGCGUGCAUGCGUAUGUGUAUGUGUUUGUUCAGCCAAAUUUUAUUUUUUAAUAUUGCUGAGCUAUGCUCCUCGAAGCAGCCCUUUAUUGCAUGCCAGUAAACAUGCUAUCUUGUUCAGUCCUUGCACUGUGUGCGCACCGUGUCUCAGACAGUGCCUGCGCGACUUUUAACUCUGCUAGCCUAAACCGAUACCAAGCACACGGCUCACCUGACUGGGUUUGCUUCCAUUGCCGCCAUCCAUCUGUUCUAUUCAGACAACUCCCCAGACUUGAUUCUGCCGCUACGAAGAAUUUGCCUUGAUGUUGUGCGGAAAUUGCGCGUCUGGAAAUCCGAAAUCCCUGAUUUGCUGUACAUAAAUUAAAUGCACAUAUUUUUGCUUCGUCUAUAUUUCUGAAACUAUCUCAACGCCUGCCUUUCUCCUAAAAUGAUUUUUUGGCCCUAAAACUGACCUGUACAUACAAGUACAUGUACGUAAUCCCGGUGGGAUGUUUUUAACUCAGAUUUGCUGCUGUAAUUGGCUUGCUAUACGAAAUUCUUCUCCCAAGUCCUGGUACAGAAAACGUAGAAUUGC